AUGAAGCUGAAGCCGAAGCAAGCGAUCGUUGAGUACUUGGGAGAGUUCAGGGAGAUCAAGCUGGACCUUGAACCAGCGAACCAGACAGUUGACGACAUGGAGCUUGCCGUGCAUGCAUUGACAGGCCUUCCAAAGGAGUAUUCAAGUCUGGUGGAAAUCUUGGAGAACGGAGAAAUGGAGCUGAGCUUGGACAACAUCCAGUCGAAGCUCGUGCAAAGAGAACAGAAGUUGAAAAUGGAGGCCGAGAUUGAGAGCAAGAGUUCAGAAGAAGAAGAAGAAGAAGAAAGAGACACAUCAAUGGCAUUUUCAGCGCGAAGGUGGAACCAUAGCAACUCAAGACCAGCGGAAAGAGGAGCAGAAGUGGUGAUGAAAAAGGGAGUCUGCCAGAUUGUGGUGGACAACGUGGUGCAGCUGCAGGCAUUGCAACAGAAUGGUCUGUGGAGAAUCGAGACUGUGGGAGCUGAGCAGAAGUCAUUCUUCACAAGGAGAUCAAUCAAAAGAGAGGACCGGGAGACAGUGCGGAAACAGGAGAAGACUGUCAAGGAGAAGAAGGAGGAAAAGAGGACGGUCAAAAUGAUUGAGGUGGACCUUGACGAGGAGAGUGAGGAAAAUGAGGAGCGGAACGUGGAAAAGAGCGAGGAGGAGAAAGAAAAGGAAAAGGAACGGACCGGGGAAGUGUCCGUCAGUGAGGAGAAGGAGGAGACGAGCGAGAAGUCAGCCAAGGGAGCGGAAAGCGUGGAAGGAAAAACAGAAGAAACGAAGAGAAACGAGAGCGCAAGAGAACGUGUGCAAGAGACGAGAGACGAAGGGGACGGGCGCUACCCAGAUCGGCAGAGGAGGAGUACAAUCAAGUUUGGGGCGAUCGGAGAUGGCUUUGUUUGGACCACGCCGAAGUCCAAGUACAAAAGGUAG